CCCAGUCUCUCAACAGAGAUAUCCAACUUGAACCACCCAGGAGAAUAAGAUUUCUUCUACAUCCUGAGGACUGUGGAGACCUUCCUGAAACUGUUCCUUAUGGGUAUAGCACUGCUGAGCUCCCACUCCUAGGCUUUUAAUAGUGAGCUGGCGAAAUGCUUUGAUGACCCCCAAUAUGAAGACCUGCUCAGACUACUGAGGGUUGGCCUGGGAGCACCCACUGAGAAGAAGAGUGUGGUAGUGAUUGGAGCUGGCAUGGCAGGGCUUACUGCUGCCAAAGUCCUACAGGAUGCUGGUCACCAGGUUACUGUGCUAGAGGCCUCUGGGCGAGUAGGUGGGAGAAUUGAGACUCAUCGAGUGCCCGGGGCAGAAUGGUAUGCUGAACUCGGUGCCAUGCGGAUCCCUGCCAACCACAGGUUUUCUCAUGAACUCAUCAGUCAAUUUGGAUUGAAGCUGAAUGAGUUCUCCAGAUAUGAUGACCGAACAUGGGUCCUCAUCAAUGGAAUGCAUCGACGGACUGGGGAUGUACAAGCCAAUCCUGGCCUCCUUGGCUACCCUGUCUGGUCAGACGAAAAGGGGAAAACAGCCGACAAAUUGUUUGAUGAAUCCUUGAGGAAGGUGGUGGAAGAGUUGAAAAAGAGCAACUGCAGCCAAAUACUAGAAAAGUAUGAUUCUUUCUCCACUAAGGAAUAUCUGAUUAAGGUGGGAAAUCUAAGUCGGGGUGCAGUGCAGAUGAUUGGAGAUCUCAUGAAUGCUGAUGCUGGUUACUAUGAAGCCUUCACUGAGACCUUAAGAGGAGUUAUUUUCUUCUUCCAAAAUCCUAGGUUUGAGGAAAUUACUGGUGGCUUUGACCAGCUCCCGAAGGCCUUACAUGACUCCCUCAUCCCUGGCACUGUCUACCUCCACUCACAAGCAGAGCAGGUAAUAAGGGAUGGAAACUAUGUCCACAUUGUCCAUCAGACACCUGACCCACUUCAGCCUCAUGCCUGCCUCACUGCCAACUAUGCCAUUGUGGCCACAACAGCUAAGGCUGCCCGGCUCCUCCACCUCCACCCACCUCUAUCUCCAGGCAAAGAAGAUGCCCUGCGCUCAAUCCACUACAACAGUGCCACCAAGGUGAUCCUGGCCUGCACCAAGCGCUUCUGGGAACAGGAUGGCAUUUAUGGUGGGAAGUCCAUAACAGACCGUCCCUCUCAAUUUAUCUACUACCCCAAUCAUGACUUUCCCAAAGGAACUGGUGUCAUCUUGGCCUCCUACACCCUGGAUGAUGACUCUACCUUCUUUGCUGCCAUGGAUCAAAAGCGGGUAGUAGAUGUAGUGUUAGAGGAUUUGGCUGCUAUCCAUAAUCGCCCCAAGGAAGAGCUUCAAGCCUUUUGCCCCUAUUCUGUGGUCAAGCGUUGGAACCAAGAUCCGUACUCCAUGGGCGGCUUUGCCUUCUUUACUCCCUACCAAUAUGUAGACUAUUUCCAGGAACUCUUCAAGCCUGAAGGGAGGAUAUACUUUGCAGGAGAGCACACCACCCUCCCUCAUGGUUGGAUUGAUACAACCAUUAAAUCUGGACUCCGGGCAGCCCAGAGUAUUCAAGAAGCUGUGGAAUUAUUGAAACAGGACAAGGAAGCCAAGAAGGAGACUAUGCCUAAGAGUGAGUUGUAACCAGUGAAAAAACACUUUACAUUGAUGAGAUAGUAUAGUGUAUUGUAGUGAAAGGAACCUUGACUUGGAAUCAAGAAAGACCCUGAUUUACAUCUUGCCUCUGGCACAUGUUAGCUAUUUGACCAGAGGCAAGUCACUUAACUUCCUCAAAAUUUCCUUACUUUUCUCAUCUGUAAAAUGGAGAUAAUAAUACAUAUUGGUUGGUACCAACCCCACAGAAUUAUAAUGAUGCUCACUUAAAUCCAAUUCAUCUGCAUGUCAUGGCAUCACCACCCUGAUGUCAUGGUCCCCUUAGAGAAUGAAGGACAAACAACAAUGAUGAUGAUGAUCAAAUGAAAUGAUGUCUACAAAUGUGCUUCUGAAAAUAUUAAAGGACGUUCCUGACCUGUCUACAUGUUCUUGGCUGAUUUCCUAAUCAUGGCGAUGGGUUGAAGAGACCUGCCUACAAUUUGUCUCACCUUUGACACAAUGAUGCACAUUUGUGAAAUAGAUGCCUGGAUAAUAUCUUCAGCUAAGGAAUAAAGAACAGAGAAAAAUCAGGUGGAGAUCAAACCCCAAACCUUGCUCUAAGAAGUUCUAUGUUGUGACCAACUGAGGUAAUUAGCCCAGUAACUAGUCUUUUAAUAAAGACAUCACAUUGUAGUUUGUUAAUCAUAUUUA